AUGAGCAGGCCACAUCAACCCAAAAUUAUGUUUAAACGAAGGACGAGCAUGGAUAAUAAGAACAAUCCACUCAUCAACUAUGAACGCAUCCAGGUCGAGAAAGACCAGGUGGCACCUGCUCCUCCGCCUCAACCUCCCCCGUUGGCAGUUCCACCACCAAGUGGUUCCCCCGGAAAGCUUCGGUUGAAGCUCAGUACGGCUAAGAUUUCCCUUCGGAAAAAUUCACAAAUUCCGCAAAAGAAUCUCCAAGCGAUUCCCAUAUCGGACUCUGUGCGUCGCAAGUCGGCUCCCCAACUCUUUACAUUCUCCAUAGCUCCCAAGGUUGACCACAGUGCGGAGAAUCCGCCUAGUACAGUGCCAAAAAUUCCGGGUUUUGAGCUGAGGAGCUCCAUUCGUCGCUCAAGGACACUGGGUCUUUCGAAUGGCGCUAGAAUGGGAGCACAAGGGCUGCCCAACGAUGACCUCCAACUUCAGGAUAGUGCCAGUGAACCCAGCAGCAGCUUAGCUGGAGGAGGUAGUUCCACCUCGCCGGAAUCCAUCCUAGACAAUGUACUAAGUGGUGCCUCAUCCGUAUCUGUGCAGAACAGCAGCAGCUCCCAGACCAGCAAUGCCACUGUAGCUCAGACCAUUAAAGGCAAGGAGCUCCUGCCGAAGAGAUUACUGUCCCUCAAGGCUUCUCCAGAGCUCAGAGUGUGCCCGCCCACUCCGGACACCAACCAACCCAAGCUGGAAAUGCUACCCCGACUACUUUUGGAGGCCGCAGCCAGGUCAGAGAUCUACGAUGCGUCAUCCCCCAUGGCCCGAAGUCGUUCGCCAUCGCUGGCCAUUUCUCCAGCAGUAUCUCCGGCACCCUCGCCCUCCCCGAGCAUUACCUUGAGACCCAGUACUCCGCCGGAGAACACAGUUAUCUUUACGGAUGAUCUCAAGUGCGGGAUCUGCCUGGACGUCUACACGGACCCAAGAACCCUGCACUGCCUUCACUCGUUCUGUCUGCAGUGUCUGGUCAGUGAGAACUUCAAGGACGAGUCUACCUGGGAGCAGGAUCCGUCUCGCAGUGAAGACCCUUCCUGCUACAGCCUGAGGUCCGAUAUGGGCGGGUCGAGUGCAGAGCUUACUGCUACGGUGUCACCUGCCAGGCAGAGGGGUUCCAGCUUCAGUUUGCGCCGGAAGAAGUCCAUGGAUCCACUGGAGGUCAGGUCAAGAAGUGAAGGAAAGAGGUCGACGAGUUCCUUCAACACCCGGUUUAUGGGGAGCUCCGUAAAUCAAAUGUCCAAACGUAGCAUCGUGUGCCAGAGCUGCAACUACCCCACGGACUUGCCACUCGGAGGUGUCCGUCAGUUGCCCCAAAACUAUCUAUUGGUGAGACGCAUAGAAGCCCUGCGGUUCCAAGCCAAUGAAGACGUCAUAUCGAGGAUCUGGUGCUCCCUUUGCACGGACGAGAUUAGUGCUACCUAUCACUGCAUCAGCUGCACCUUGAACUUGUGUACCCUCUGCAAGGAGGCCCAUGAACGGCAGAGGAACACCGCCAACCAUCGGCUGAGGAGUAUCCUGGAGCUGCGAAGGGCCCGAAAGCAGAAGCAACAGCAGCUGGGACUGGGGGACAGUAGCAAGCUGGUGCUUCGUUGUGGCAUUCACACGAAUUUCGAGCUUAAAGCAUUUUGCACCCACUGCCGGCAACUGGCGUGUACAGACUGCUUGGUCCUGCUCCACAAGGGUCACCGUCAUGAGACCAUCAACCGGGCCAUUGGACAUCAUGGCAAGUUACUAAGGGAGGCCACCGACCAAACUCGUCCCCUUUGCCAGUAUGCGGAGCACUCCAUUGAACGGCUGAAUGAGAUCGCCCGCGGCAUCAACGCCAGAUGCGAUGACAUCCAACACCAGGUGGAACAAUACUUGCAGAGCUACUUUGAGGCCUUGGAAGUGCAUCGGAGGACUCUGCUCCAGCAGAUCAGCAGGGCAAGGGAGUCCAAAGUGGAGGUUAUAAUCAAGCAACAACUGGACCUAGAAAAACGCACCCAAAUGGCCGUAGAUGCAAUGCGUUUCAGUCAGGAUAUCUUGGAAAUCGGCGCCGAUGUGGAAAUCCUUAGCUUUGUGGAUAUACUCCUCAGACGUCUGGAGUUCUGUCAGCAGUUUAAGCCUCCCGUGGAUCCCAAGAUCUCCGAUUCCCUUCAUUUUCUACCGAAGAUCCGAGCUCCCGCCACCAAGGACCAGCGAGACAUUCCCUUGUACGGAAUUAUCACCAUGCAGGUGGUGGAGCCGGGACUUUGUACCCUGGAAUGGGAAGGCUUUUCUCAACUACGCCUCCACAAGAAGGCCGAUCUCCUGCUGCAUUCAAGAGACGCCGAUGGAGUGUCCCUGUGCCACGGAGGACUGGAGAUUAACUGCAUCAUAAAAUACAAAGACCCCGCCUCAAAGUUCCUGCCCGUCGAGGUGUCAGACAAUCGAGAUGGCACCUACAAUAUCCAUUUCACCCCAGACUCCCAGGGCGCCGUAAUUCUGACGAUUACCAUUAAUGAUAGACCCAUCAGAGGUAGUCCAUUUACGUUCCAGGCGCGACAGGUUCGUCCCCACUCGGGAAUCUAUCACUGCUGUUCCUUCUGCUCCGGAAAAGGAAACCGGACAGUGAAGUGUUCGUGCGAGGGCCGCAUGCCUGGGUACAGUGGCUGCGGUCAUGGACACACAGGACACCCUGGUCGUCGUCACUGGUCCUGCUGCGGCAAUGUGCUAGAGAACUCGGAAUGCAAUGUGGCUAACAAGCUACUGAAUGCUUGAGGAUACUUAGCGGAGGGCAGAGCUCUAAAGUAAAUCCAAAAAAUCCCGCCCGGAAAUUCUGAAGUGGCUAAUAAAUACUCGGACCUCUACCU